UAAUAGUGGCAAUGAAAUGGAUGAUUCAGAAGUCUCUGCCAAACUUUACGAAAACGUGUCUUUAGGUUAUGCAGGUUACCUAGAGGUGGAUAAUAGUUCUCUCUUAACCCAGCUAGACUGUGAAGUGGAUGGAAUUCAGAAACUGAUGGACGAACUCUAUACCACUCUCCUUACUCUUCAGGACUCGAAUAAGGAGGUGCUGGAUGCAAGACUGACUCUGUUCUCUGAGAAAGCUAAAGAACUGGAGUCAUUAUUUACACAGAUAGAUAUCAUCCAUCAGGCAGUUUCUAACAUCUCCUCUAAUGUCACCCAGUUGGAGGUAGCAGCCACUGCAAUAGAUAAGCAAGUAGACUCCAAUCCGCUUAAGAAGAUGUUUGGUUUCUUCAAGGGGAGCUCUGAAAGAGAAAGUGACGAAGUGACAAUUCCUCAAAUUUUUAACACACAAACAUUACUGUCACGUGAUGUCACACCACGAGAAGUGAGGUGACAUUAAACCAUUACCCUAGCAACUAGCCAUUACCUAGCAACUAACCAUUACCUAGCAACUAGCCAUUACCUAGCAACUAGCAACUAACCAUUACCUAGCAACUAAUCAAUAACCAUUACCCUAGCAACUAACUAUUACCUAGCAACUAACCAUUACCUAGCAACUAACCAUUACCUAGCAACUAACCAUUACCUAGCAACUAACCAUUACCCUAGCAACUAACCAUUACCUAGCAACUAAGUAUUACCCUAGCAACUAACCAUUACCUAGCAACUAACUAUUACCUAGCAACUAGCCAUUACCUAGCAACUAGCAACUAACCAUUACCUAGCAACUAAUCAAUAACCAUUACCCUAGCAACUAACUAUUACCUAGCAACUAACCAUUACCUAGCAACUAACCAUUACCUAGCAACUAACCAUUACCUAGCAACUAACCAUUACCCUAGCAACUAACCAUUACCUAGCAACUAAGUAUUACCCUAGCAACUAACCAUUACCUAGCAACUAACUAUUACCUAGCAACUAGCCAUUACCUAGCAACUAACCAUUACCUAGCAACUAACUAUUACCUAGCAACUAACCAUUACCUAGCAACUAACCAUAAUUACCUAGCAACUAACCAUUACCCUAGCAACUAACCAUUACCUAGCAACUAACCAUUACCUAGCAACUAACCAUUACCUAGCAACUAAA